AUGUUCCUUAAAACGCCUAGUUGGGAAACGGUCAAUGAGACACCCAAAUCAAGAGUUCUGACGAUAAACGAGCUAAUCUCGCCCGGUUUAGAUACAGAGUCUAAAAGAAUUUUGGCCACUCCUGCAAGGCGGUACUGUAAGACUUCGGUAACUGAAUUGCAGGAGUCUCCUACAUUCGAGCACCCAUCCGAGGACGCCGAAAGCCCUGCCUACCAAUACAAUCCACAGUUUCACUUUCACACACCAAUAACCCCCAGAACGCCCAGGUUUGAACAUGCAGGAAUUUUUUUCUCUCCAACGCCUCCACUGAUCUCUCCCACAGCCGUGGCUGAGGAAGACAAUAACGGUUCCCUGGGUGAGAUUUCACAAACAUUGAAGACAAGACUCAACUGUGCUAGGGAUAAGGUAUCGAAAGAACAUGAAGACCACUUUUCCGCGAAGAAAAACUCAAAUUCUACCAAUGCGUAUCCAGCUUUGAUCCCUCCUCCUUUAACUGAAAAGAUACGAAAGGGUUCAUAUAGCAACAAAUUUGCCUCCAAGCAUAGACGAUGUUACUCUUUAGAUGAAUCUAAAAAAUUUUUAAGUUCUUUAGAAGACUCAUCCGCGCAUGAGGCGUUUCUAAAAGCAAUUUCGUCUAAACACACCAAAAACGAUAAUGUGGAUAAUGUGAAUGCCUCGCCGUUACGUUGGUCUUCGCAUCGAAGAGCACAGAGUAUACAGGGCGACUCUUUACAUGACUUUGCCACCAUUGAUACCUUGUUGAAAAUGUCUUCAUCAAAAGAGAAUUGA